GCAUGGUGUUGUCAAUAAAUUCCAAAGUUGCCAACACCAAAUUUGCCAUCCCAAGUCAUUAUCUACAUGGAAGACCACGUGUCAUCACCAGUACAAAACUCAGAUGAGAAGAGGACAUCACAGCAAAGGAGACAGUGAUGAGGACAAAUCGGAGAGUCGUCAAUUUUCGAAAGCAGACGGAGUCAAAACUGGCAAGAUGACGUGGUUAAUGAGAAAACUGCGAAAAUACCAACUGCGCAACUCGUAUUUAUGCUGGUUAUUAUCAGUUCCUUUGGUGGUUGUCCUAUACUAUGUCUUUACGUCAGUCUUACAUUAUGAUCAAGUUUCAUUUGGCUCAAACAUCGACCCAAUAGUGAUCGUUGAUAAACCUAUUAUACUGUGGUGGACUACUUAUGGCGGGAAAUCGGAUGAGGAGAUUACUUGUGGAAACGUACAAUGUCGAGUCAGUGUUGAUAGAUCACUGCAGUUUCAGAACGAUGUCCAGGCAAUAGUUUUUUAUGGGACUUCAUUAGAGCUUGCUGAUAUGCCACUUCCCCGGAAGCCAAAUCAAAUCUGGGCAUUAAAACACGAAGAAUCUCCCAAAAACAACGAUUACAUGUUUUCCCACGAGGAAGUGAUUUCUUUAUUUAAUUACACAUCCACGUUUAAACGCCAGUCUGACUAUCCCCUAUCUACACAACACCUACCCAAUAUGGAUUACCUGCUGGACACCCGGUACGUUGUGGACACGGAGACCAAGUCUCAGCUGAGGAGAUCAGAGAACCUGGCCCCUGUACUGUACGUCCAGAGUGAUUGUGGCGCCCCGUCAGACAGGGACGAGUAUGUUAAACUCCUCCAGAAGUACAUCCCUGUAGACUCGUAUGGGAGGUGUCUGCAUAACAAGGACUUACCCGAACACAUUAGAUUUGAUAUUGGUAAAAGCAUGGCUGGAAUGCAUCAUGACGAUUUUCACAAACUUGCAGCAAAAUACAAAUUCACGUUGGCCAUGGAGAAUGCUAUUUGUGAUGACUAUAUGACAGAGAAGUUAUGGCGCCCACUCAGACUUGGGUCCGUGCCGAUAGUAUUUGGUUCUCCCAAAGUCAAGGACUUUCUUCCCUCUAACAAAUCGGCAAUAUUGGUAUCGGACUUUCCAAGUGCGAAAGACCUGGCCGAAUAUCUAAUAGAUUUAGAUAAGAACAACGAUAAAUACAACCAAUUCCUAAAAUUCAAAUCUACCAAUAAAAUUGACAACGAGUUCCUAAUUUCACACAUAGAGGCACGUGAAUGGGGAGAUUUCAGUGCCGUUCAGAAAAAUCCUAAAAAGUUCUAUUCUCACAUGGCUGGCUUUGACUGUUUUAUAUGCCGUAAAAUCCACGAAAUACAAAAUGCGCGUGCGCAAAAUAAACCUAUAACGCCAAGAACAGCAAAUAUAGAUCACUAUGGAUGCCCAGCUCCUAGACGUUUUGAUAAACAUGGACAAUACGGAGUUUUUGACGCAUGGUUUGCCGAACCAUGGUUUUAUUCAAAAUAUCUUGCUAAGGCAUUCCAGAAAUACUACGACAGCAAUCACCAUGCCUUCACCCAUGAUGAUUUGACUACUUUAGCGAAAAAAUUACGAGAAGAUGAUAAAAAUGGAUAAUUUCAUUAGAAUGGAAUUGUGUUAACCCAGUCUGUGUUCAAUAAAUACAUUUUGACAAAAAAAA